CAUUUUCACGUGGAGUCAACUUACUGACGAAAACACCAUGGGAAAACAGAAGAAAAAGGGAGAAAGUGGGGCAGCAACAAAUUAUAUUUCAAGAAAUCAAGCUCUGAAGAAACUACAGCUCAGUUUGCCAGAUUUCAGGCGACUUUGUAUUUUGAAGGGUGUUUACCCAGUUGAGCCAAAGAACAAGAAGAAGGUGAACAAAGGAAGCACAGCAAACAAGACUUAUUACUAUAUCAAAGACAUUCAGUACCUUGCACAUGAACCAAUUCUUAACAAGUUCAGAGAGUUUAAGGUAUUUCUUAGAAAGCUCAAGAAGGCCAUUGCUAAGGAGGAACCAGGUACUGCUCAAAGAUUAGUAGAAAACAAACCAAUUUACAGACUUGAUCACAUCCUUAAGGAAAGGUAUCCAACUUUCAUUGAUGCAGUGAGAGACCUUGAUGAUGCUUUAUCCAUGGUGUUAUUAUUUUCAACAAUGCCACAGACUGAUAAAAUAGAGGCUGGUGUUGUAAAACAAUGCAAAAGAUUAUCUGUUGAAUUUCAGCAUUACAUCAUUGCUUCAAAGUCACUGAGGAAGGUAUUCCUGUCAAUAAAAGGAGUGUAUUUUCAAGCUGAAAUCCAAGACCAACCAGUGACAUGGAUUGUUCCUUACCAGUUUUGUCAAGAGCCACCAUCAGAUGUUGACUUCAGGGUGAUGUUGACUUUUGUCGAGUUCUACUCAACUAUGAUAGGAUUUGUGAAUUUCAAAUUGUACAACAUGUUGAACUUACACUACCCUCCCAAGCUUGCUAAUGAGUACAGUAAUACAAGUAACACAGACUAUUGUGAGGAUUCAGAACUGGAAGAUGAGGUGCUGGCUACUUUGAAUCAAAACUUGUCAGUGUCAGCUCAGGAUGAAGACUUGGAAGUAGAUGAAUUUCCGGUUGAUCCUGAUAGUGAGGAUGCCAAAGCACAGGAGGCCAUUAAGAAAGAGCUCCAAGAAACAGAAAAACUAAAAAACCUGUUUUCAGAAUGCAAGGUGUUUUUGUCCAGAGAGGUGCCAAGAGAAAUACUUGUGUUUGUUCUCAGGUGUUUUGGAGGGGAAAUCUCUUGGCAAAGUACAGAAGCCAUAGGAGCCACGUUUGAGGAGAAUUGUGAUUCAAUAACCCAUCAGAUUGUAGACAGACCAGUUCAAGGACACAGAUAUCUAUCCAGGUAUUACGUCCAACCUCAGUGGGUUUUCGACUGCGUGAAUUGCCGUAAACUUCUCCCUGUGGAGGAUUAUUUCCCAGGGGUUGAACUUCCUCCCCAUUUGUCCCCGUUUGUGGAAGAACAAGAGGGUGACUAUGUACCUCCUGAGAGACAAGCCAUGCUGGAAGAACAGAGGCAGACAGGAGAGGGUGAAAGCGAAGCUGAACAAGAAAAAGAGGAGGGGACGCCUAGCGAAGAACUCAGUAAAGAAGAAAAGAACCUGGCAAUCAUGGCUAUGAAAAAGAAAGACAAACGACUGUACGACCAAAUAAUGCACUCCAAAAAGAAAAAGAGAUCAGAGGUAAGAAAACUUGAGGCUAAGAGAAAGGCUUACGACGAGGCUCAGACGCAGAAGAAGCAGAAAACAAAAUGAACUCUCAACAUCGAUAUCUCAGCAUUUAAUUCCGUAAUUAAAAUAAAUUUUACACCGAACUUUAUGUAAA